AUGGCCGCCGGAGUGUCGGAAACAAUGACCUCGGAAAAGAGGAGGCAGUCUUUGUCCGAGUCUGACACCAAGGAAGGCUAUUUUGAAAAUGCCCCAGGGGCGCACUACCGCGCCGAACGGGGCCAGGCCGCAACUGACAUUCACGGCAACCCUCUCGUUGAACUCGAUCCAGUGGCAGAGACCAAGCUCCGACGAAAAAUCGAUCUCUAUAUCAUCCCAACGGUUGCAAUCCUUUACCUAUUCUGCUUCAUUGACAGAGCCAAUAUUGGAAAUGCGAGGCUAGACAAAUUAGAGAAGGAUCUGGACCUACACGGAUACGACUACAAUACCCUGCUAUCAAUCUUCUACGUCGGUUACAUCGUCUUCGAGAUUCCAGCAAAUAUCGCGUGCAAAUGGAUGGGCCCAGGAUGGUUUCUCCCUCUGACCUCGCUUGGUUUUGGGAUCAUGUCUGUCUGUAUGGCAUUCGUCAACAACUUCUCCCAGGCUUGCGGUGUUCGUUUUCUUCUUGGGGUCUUCGAGGCUGGCAUGAUGCCCGGAAUCGCCUACUAUCUUUCCCGCUGGUACCGUCGAUCCGAGCUCACUCUACGUCUAUCGCUGUACAUCGUCAUGUCCCCUCUGGCCGGCGCUUUCGGUGGCCUGUUGGCGUCUGGAAUUCUCAAACUCGACCACUUCGGUAGUCUUCAUGGAUGGAGAAUGAUCUUCGGUAUCGAGGGCAUCAUUACUGUUGGACUGUCCCUUAUUGGUUUCCUUACUCUCACCGACCACCCCGCGACCGCCAAAUGGCUCAGCCAGGAAGAGAAGGACUUGGCCAUUGCCCGUGUGAAGUCGGAGCGUAUUGGCCAAACCGAGAUUAUUGACAAGAUGGACGCUAAGAAGCUCAAGCGCGGCAUCUUUAACCCCGUCGUCUUCUUUACCGGCUUCGCCUUCCUCCUCAACAACAUCACCGUCCAAGGUCUCGCAUUCUUCGCCCCUACCGUCGUCGCUACCAUCUACCCGACUAAGAACAUUAUUCAGAAGCAGCUGUUAACUGUCCCACCUUACGUCGUCGGCGGCUUCUUUACCGUCCUGAUGCCUCUCAUCAGCCGCCGGCUUGAUCGCCGCCAGAUCAUCAUCAUUGCCUGUUGCCCACUUGUUAUGGUCGGUUACAUUAUGUUCCUGGCUACCGAAAACGCACAUAUCCGAUACGGCGCCGCUUUCCUCGUCAGCACUUCUGUCUUUGCCGCUGGUCCCUUGACCAACUCCCAAGUCAGCGCCAACGUCGUCUCCGAUACUGCCAGGAGUAGCGCUAUCGCUUACAAUGUCAUGUUGGGCAACGUUGGCGGUCUUGUCGCCACCUGGAGUUUCCUGCCCUUCGACGCCCCCAAGUACCACAUCGGUAACGGCAUCAAUCUCGCUGCGUCUAGCGGCACCCUCAUCAUUGCCCUUUGCCUGCUUAUCUGGAUGAAGAGGGAUAACACCAAGCGCGAGCUGCGCAACGCCGAGGAGGAGCUGACGGGCAUGUCACAGCAAGAGAUUCAAGAUCUGGAUUACAAGCACCCUGGUUUCCGAUGGAAGCCCUAAAAGUGCCGGUCCAUGGGAAUAAAGGAAUGGCUGGAAAGGGGAAUGGUGGCCUAUUUAGAGGGUUCGGUUAAUGCUGCACAGCAGCCACUGACCAUCAAUCGAUAUUACGAGUGGAGGGGCGCUACAUAAAGGAAUAGACGAUGAUGAUGACUAUAAGUU